AAAGAAGAGAGAGAGAAAGGCGUAUAUAAAUACUCUGUUUUAGAAACGGACAACCCCAAAAGAAGGAGCAAAAGAGAAAAACAGAACAAGAGGACGAAAAAAAAAAUGAAGACAACGACAAUGCUCUUGUGUCUCAUCACGAUGCUCCUAAUAGCCUCCGUGUAUUCUCAAGAACAAACGGCGAUGCGUCUCGACAUGGCGCACCGUGACACACUCUCACCGAAUCCGUCACCUUUCCAUCGCAUUGAAGACAUUAUGGGCAUGGACCAGAAGCGUCUCAGCCUCAUUUCUCAGAAAAUAAAAACAAGGAAAGGUGGAGCGAGAAUGUCGCUGGGAUCAGGUUUUGACUUCGGAUCGGCGCAGUAUUUCUCGGAGAUAAUGGUCGGAACGCCGGCGAAGAAGUUCAGGGUGGUGGUGGACACAGGGAGCGAGCUGACGUGGGUGAACUGUAGGUUCCAUGGGGAAGGACCAGAGAAACUUGAGAAUCGUCAUGUCUUCAGAGCAGAGAACUCGUCCAGUUUCAGAAAAGUUGGAUGCAUGACGAAGACUUGUUCGGAAGAUUUGGCGAAAUUAUUCUCCCUCUCCAUUUGCCCUACCCCUAGAACUCCAUGCGCAUACGAUUACAGAUAUGUUGAUGGAUCAUCAGCACAAGGUGUAUUCGCUAAGGAGACAUUCACUCUUGGUCUAACCAACGGCAGCGUUACUAGUGUCCGUGGCCUCCUCAUUGGCUGCAGCAGCUCCUCCGAUGGUGGUGCCUUCCGUGAAGUAGACGGUAUCCUUGGUCUAGCCUUGAGCGAUUACUCCUUCACUUCAAAAGCCAUAAACACCUUCGGAGGCAAAUUCUCAUACUGCCUCGUUGACCAUACCUCACACAAAAACGUCUCCAACUAUAUCAUCUUCGGUUCUACCCCCUCAUCUGCCACCAAGUCCCCCGCCAGGCGAACCACCCGACUUGACAUCGAUCUCCUUCCUCCCUACUACGCCGUCAACAUCGUUGGAAUCUCCAUCGGAGAGGAAAUGCUCAACAUCCCUCCACAAGUAUGGGAUAUAAAGAAAGGUGGUGGGACCAUUUUGGACUCAGGAAGCAGCCUCACGUUCUUAGCCGAGGCCGCGUACAAGGCCGUGAUUACAGGGCUACAGCGUCACCUUGUUGGUGUGAAAAGAAUCAAACCAGAAGGACUACCGAUAGAGUAUUGUUAUUACACCAGAAAGUUCGACGACAAAAAGCUGCCACAACUGUCGUUUCACUUCAUGGGCGGUGCUCGUUUCGAGCCUUAUCGUAGAAGCUACCUGAUAAAUGCUGCGCCAGGAAUCAGGUGUUUAGGGUUUGUGAUGGCUAGAGAUGAGGGUACUAAUGUCAUUGGGAAUAUAAUGCAGCAGAAUCAUUUGUGGGAGUUUGAUAUUGAGGCCUCAACUUUGUCUUUUGCUCCUUCUACCUGCCUUUAGAAGAUAUAUCCAUUUAUCUUGGUGUUUUAUUACUUGACAGAAUUAAAAAAGUUGUUAGUGAACAAGAUAAAUAGUGCUAUCAAAACUUGUUAGAUAGCAUUCAUUUCCUUA